UAUGUGUGACGCAUUUAUUUGCAGAUAUGUUAAACCUGAACACCGGAUCAUCUGAAGACAACCAGGCAGACCUGCGUCUCCUGCAAAUCCACCUAGAGUCGGCCCCUCUUUCAAUUGGCCCGUCUCCUACUUUCCCUUUCGGCCCUCACCGUCUAUUAAGGAUCUGCGCACAAAGAGCACGCAGCCAAUCACAGACACCCUCUGAUAAACCCCAGCCAAUCACAGCCAGCCUGUUAUUUACAUACAGGCUGGAACGAGCCAAUCAGGAGUCGGCACAGGAGAGGAUUCGCACUCCUCCGUCCAAUGGGUGUUGGAGGUCGGGCUGUGGAGUUUUUGGGGAGUGCAUAUAAUCAACAUAUUAUCGAAGGUGCCUAGAUAUUGAUCCUGUAUUCCGAGGUAGUCCAGACCCUCUUCUGGACCUUUGGGGUUUGACAGUUCGUGUGCUUGGUGGAGAAUAAUUCAAAACAAAAUGCCCAAGAGAAAGUCUCCAGAGGGUCCUGAGGGCAAGGAGGCCUCCAAAGUCACAAAGCAAGAGACCCCCAGAAGGUCACAGAGAUUGUCAGCGAAACCUCCUGCAGCACCCAAGCCUGAGACCAAGCCCAAGAAGGCCAUCGUCAAGAAGGUGGCAGAUGAUAAGGGGCUGAAGGCAAAGAAAAGCGGCGCUAAGGGUAAGAGGGAUGACGGCCCCGCCCAGAACGGAGAGACCAAGACCAAUGAGAUCUACGUGUCUCGUCCGUCUGUCCGUGUGUCUUCCAUCAGAAGCUCGGCUCCCUCCUUGAUGUCAGUGAGAGGGCAGAGUGUGACAGUCAGAGUUAAGGGUAACUGAGGCGGCGGAGGAGGCGGCCGAGGAGAAGGCGUAAAAACACACCGGGCCGCGUCCACCGCCUCGUCCCUCCCUCUGACACCGUGGCAGCGAAGCAUCUUUUUUUACUGACGAUUUUUGUACCAUGCCGAAUUUUUUUUAGACUUGUGAUAGUAGAGACGGACAACCAGCAGCCACAAUCCCAUAUGUUCACGCUCCUCCCCUCGCCCACAGUAUGUGUGUUGCUCCACUCUCCUCCAUCAUCCCGUUCUGUAUCGCUAUACGCGCCCUCUCAAAAACGUGUUUUUAUCGAGGUGGCUGCAGAUGUUCUUCAUCUCGCCUGAAGGGGGCCGUAAAACACGACUGUUAUGAUCUCUAAACCAGCUCGGCCUACUUUUGUAGUCUCUACGAAGGAUCAUUAAUAUCAUUGGCACCCCCCCGGUGGUUAUAUGGUGAGGAUUUGUAGAUAUGUGUGCACAGUUUGGAUGCAGAGCUACCACAAACCAGGUUCAUAGUCGCCAUGGAGAACAUCUGCAGCUUUUUUUUUUUUUAGAAUCCCCACCACUGUGUUUCACAUAGCUCCUUUUGUAUGUGUGAGUCCUGGAGUGAAUGUGUUUGUGGGUCUUUGUGUUUGAUUUUAUUUACCCCCCACCCCCCACCCUUUUCUUUUUCUUUUUCCUCCCCUCCUGACCGCCUUGUCCUGCAGCAGAGUGACAUAGCAAUAAUGAGUGGUGCUUCUGUUCUAGACGCCUCUAUUGGCUUUGGACCCUCUGGGCUUCUCUUGAGUUUCAUCCUGUUGGGAGAAUAUUUUGAAAUAAAAGAAAAAGUUG